CACAUCUGUACAGUCAGAAGACCAAUCAACAGUUUGCCGUGGUGCGAGGAAAAGCUCAUGGAAAAGCUCGGGAAAAAAGAGAUGCUGCGACGUCGACAGAGGCGGAAAGCAGCAGCCACAAGUUGCCUUUUCGACAUUUGCAACAGUUGCUGUUGAGUGGCUUCGAAAGUCGGACGUGGCGAAAGAUCUGUUGAAUUGAUUUGAUAACAACAUAGAACAACCAGCAACAGGCAACCAGUAACCAGCAACAAACAUUGGCAAUUGACAACGCGGUAGAAAGAAAAUCAACCCGCUCCUCCAGUGGAAAAAAGCAUUGCCACGCCCCAAGCCGCGCUUUAAGAGGCGCACCGGCCCCACCAUUCCCAUGCCAGCCCGCAAGGGGCUGCUAGCGCCCCAGAACACAUUCCUGGACACAAUCGCCACACGGUUCGAUGGCACCCACUCGAACUUUGUGCUCGGCAAUGCGCAGGCAAAUGGCAAUCCAAUUGUUUAUUGCUCGGAUGGGUUCGUGGAUUUGACAGGAUAUUCACGCGCGCAAAUUAUGCAAAAGGGCUGCUCAUGUCAUUUCCUUUACGGACCGGAUACGAAGGAGGAGCACAAACAGCAAAUUGAGAAAAGUCUCUCCAAUAAGAUGGAACUGAAACUGGAGGUUAUUUUCUACAAGAAGGAAGGUGCCCCGUUUUGGUGCCUUUUCGAUAUUGUGCCCAUCAAGAACGAGAAGCGGGAUGUGGUGCUCUUUUUGGCCUCCCACAAGGACAUCACGCACACCAAGAUGCUUGAAAUGAAUGUGAACGAGGAAUGUGAUAGCGUUUUUGCCCUUACAGCUGCCCUUUUGGGCGCGCGGUUCCGGGCCGGCUCAAAUGCCGGAAUGCUGGGCCUGGGCGGACUGCCCGGUCUGGGUGGACCGGCGGCUAGUGAUGGUGACGCGGAGGCCGGAGAGGGCAACAACCUGGAUGUUCCCGCCGGCUGUAAUAUGGGCCGCCGGCGGAGUAGAGCUGUCCUCUACCAGCUAUCCGGACACUACAAGCCGGAAAAGGGUGGUGUCAAAACCAAGUUGAAACUGGGAAAUAAUUUUAUGCAUUCAACGGAGGCGCCGUUUCCGGAGUACAAAACCCAGUCGAUAAAAAAGUCACGCUUGAUUCUGCCCCAUUACGGGGUGUUCAAGGGCAUCUGGGACUGGGUGAUACUGGUGGCCACCUUCUACGUUGCCCUAAUGGUGCCCUACAAUGCCGCAUUUGCUAAAGCGGAUCGCCAGACAAAGGUAUCGGAUGUAAUUGUGGAGGCUCUUUUCAUUGUAGAUAUUCUGCUAAACUUCCGUACCACCUUCGUGUCGCGCAAGGGCGAGGUUGUCUCCAAUUCGAAGCAGAUUGCCAUCAAUUACUUCCGUGGAUGGUUCGCCCUGGACCUGCUGGCCGCUCUGCCCUUUGAUCACCUGUAUGCCUCCGAUUUGUACGACGGUGAGGAAUCGCACAUCCAUCUUGUGAAAUUGACGCGUCUGUUGCGGCUCGCUCGUCUGUUGCAAAAAAUUGAUCGAUACUCGCAACACACGGCCAUGAUACUAACAUUGCUGAUGUUCUCCUUCACGCUGGCCGCCCAUUGGCUGGCCUGCAUCUGGUAUGUGAUAGCGGUCAAGGAGUACGAGUGGUUCCCCGAAAGCAACAUCGGUUGGCUGCAGCUUUUGGCGGAAAGGAAAAACGCUUCCGUUGCCAUUUUGACCGCGGCGGAAACGUAUUCCACGGCCCUCUACUUCACCUUCACCAGUCUCACAUCCGUGGGAUUUGGCAACGUUUCGGCGAACACCACGGCCGAAAAGGUCUUCACCAUCAUCAUGAUGCUCAUUGGCGCUCUGAUGCAUGCCGUGGUCUUCGGUAACGUGACUGCCAUCAUCCAAAGGAUGUACUCCCGUCGUUCGCUAUAUGAGAGCAAAUGGCGCGACCUAAAGGACUUUGUGGCCCUGCACAAUAUGCCCAAGGAGCUGAAGCAGCGCAUCGAAGACUACUUUCAGACUUCCUGGUCACUCAGCCAUGGCAUUGACAUAUACGAGACGCUACGCGAAUUUCCCGAGGAGCUCCGUGGCGACGUCUCCAUGCAUCUACAUCGUGAAAUAUUACAGCUGCCGAUAUUUGAAGCGGCCUCCCAGGGCUGCCUAAAACUUUUGUCCCUGCACAUAAAGACCAACUUCUGUGCACCCGGGGAGUAUCUGAUCCACAAAGGCGAUGCCCUCAACUACAUCUACUAUCUGUGCAAUGGUUCCAUGGAGGUGAUCAAGGAUGACAUGGUGGUUGCUAUCUUGGGUAAGGGCGACCUCGUGGGCUCCGAUAUCAACGUGCACCUGGUGGCCACCAGCAAUGGCCAGAUGACCGCCACCACCAACAGUGCUGGCCAGGAUGUUGUCGUCCGCAGCAGCAGCGAUAUUAAGGCGCUCACCUACUGUGAUCUGAAGUGCAUCCACAUGGGCGGUCUGGUGGAGGUCCUGCGUCUCUAUCCGGAGUACCAGCAGCAGUUCGCCAACGACAUUCAGCACGAUCUCACCUGCAACUUGAGAGAGGGUUAUGAGAACCAGGACUCCGAUAUUGGACCAUCGUUUCCACUGCCCAGCAUCAGUGAGGAUGAUGAAAAUCGCGAGGAGGCCGAGGAAAAUGGCAAGGGGGAGAAGGAAAAUGGUGGAGGACCACCUAGUGGAGCUUCUCCUUUGCACAAUUUAAGUAAUUCCCCCCUGCAUGCCACUCGAUCGCCACUUUUGGGCAUGGGAAGUCCCAGGAAUCAGAGGUUACACCAGCGAGGGAGAUCUUUGAUUACUCUAAGGGAAACGAACAAGAGGCAUAGGACUCUAAAUGCAGCUUGUAGCCUAGAUCGUGGUUCCUUUGAGGAACCAGAACCCCUGGAGGAAGAGCAAUCAGGGGGAAAGAGGCCCUCCUUGGAGCGGUUGGACUCCCAGGUUUCCACCUUGCAUCAGGAUGUGGCACAACUGAGUGCCGAAGUUCGGAAUGCAAUCAGCGCUCUACAGGAAAUGACAUUCACCUCCAAUGCCAUGACAUCCCAUAGUUCGCUCAAGUUCCCUCCAGCCAGAUCUAUACCCAAUAUCAGUGGAGUGGCAGCCACAGCAGCAGUGGAACAUGGCUUAAUCGGUGGAAUUUUGGGAGCUGCUGAAUUGGCGGCCAUGCAACGCUGUUCAUCACAUCCACCCGAAGUUUGGGGCAGAGAUGUCCAGCUCCCCACAAGCAAUGCAGCCAGUUCCAAGGCAGCCUCGCCCGUGGAACCCAAGAAGAGUACGACCAGUCGGAGCAGUCAAACGGAUUUCUAUCGCAUAGAUUUUCCCACCUUCGAGCGAUUUGUUCUGGCCAAUCCUCGCCUGGUUUUGGGUCUUCUGGGCAUUGAACCCACAAUUAAAAACGAAAUGGAUCUCCUGCAGCAAAAGCAAACGUUGCAAAUAUCUCCCUUAAACACGAUAGAGGAGUGCGUCUCACCGGCGGAUCCCAAUUUGGCCAGUUCCAAGGAGAGAUUAAUCACUUCAUCGGCAGCUCAAACACCUGGACGCAUCUACCCGCCCUUGGAUGACGAGAACUCCAAUGAUUUUCGCUGGACAAUGAAACACUCGGCCAGCCAUCAUAGCUGUUGCAAGAGCACGGAUGCUCUGCUGAGUCCAGAGGAGCAGCCCCCGGUUUCCAUAAUCCCAGUGGAGGGAACUCCACCGCCACCCGCUGUCCAAGAAGUGAGAUCAUCGAAACGGAGCAUUAGGAAAAGCACGAGUGGCAGUAAUUCCAGCUUGUCCAGCAGCAGUUCCAGCUCGAAUAGCUGUCUGGUAUCGCAGAGCACCGGGAAUCUGACCACCACCAAUGCCUCGGUACACUGCAGCAAUAGUAGUCAGAGUGUGGCCAGUGUGGCAACAACGAGAAGGGCAUCCUGGAAGCUGCAACAUUCGAGGAGCGGGGAAUAUCGAAGAUUAUCGGAAGCCACCGCUGAGUACUCACCUCCUGCCAAAACGCCACUUCCUGUGGCCGGAGUGAGUUACGGCGGUGAUGAAGAGGAGAGUGUUGAGCUCCUGGGACCUCGAAGGAAUUCAAGACCCAUCCUGUUGGGAGUUAACCAGAAUCAGGGUCAAGGACAGGCAAUGAAUUUCCGCUUUUCGGCGGGGGAUGCCGACAAAUUGGAGAAGGGCUUGCGUGGUCUGCCCUCCACACGCUCCCUCCGAGAUCCGAGUAGCAAAUAAGAAGGAGCCAAGGGGAGUCAUUAACAUGCACACCGCCAUGUGUGAUUUAUGUCCUAAUUAAUACUGAAACACAAAGACGCUUGUACAUUUAAUAUCUCUAAGAUACACACACACAUGAGUUCGGUUGUUCAUCUGUUUGCCCCCCUUAGAUUUAUCGAGAAUACCUACACAUAUUGUAAAGCAUAUCAGAGAAGCCGAAAUGAUAACUAGCAAGCCCCGAGACAGAUUAUUUUUAUAAGGCUCAGGCUGUAAUCAUGAGAUAAAUGUUUAUUUUCCUAAGCGAGAGAAGGGAAAGCUACUCAGAAUACAUGAAAACAUAUGUCAGCGGAAGUACAAAGCUCAGAGACCUCCGAUUUAUGAUCAAAUUUGAGAAUAUCCUUGCUUGGCAACAGAAUAAUAUCAGAAAAUCAUUGACACUUACGAAAAUGGUGAAAUGUUAGUUAAGUUUAAUCACCCUGAAGUUGGGUUAACAAAGCAGAGAAGAUGGUUUAAGUUCUGUUUCUAAAAACCUUCCUCUCAGGCCUUUUGAAACAGAAACUAAACCCGAAGUAGGAGACCGCCUUUAAGCUAAGACCUGGAAUUUAAGCCUAGUUAGGCCAAGCUCAAUGACAGGAAUUUCGAACGGGGCUUCAAAAGAUUUUGUAGACACUUAAGCUGUAAAUUGAUUCUAGUCACUGUGAGACGUGAGUUAACCUAGAUUAUUACCUAAGAUAAUCGACAAUCGUGUGCUAAAUACGUCGAAUGGCCGGAGUUCCACUUCAAAAGUGAGCUCUCUAGCAUUUGGCUAAGAAGUAAUUUGUGAUUCCAAGCGUGAGAUGGCAGCUCAAUUCUCAGUCUUGAUUCCGUGUUGAUUAGUGUUGGCUAAAACGAAUAAUAAUCAACUGUUAACUGUGUAAAUUUCCAACAUCCCACAUAUAUAUACCCUGAGUGUAUAUAGUAUAUAUAUGGUAUGUGUAUAUUUGCUUCCCCUUCCCUCCCCCCCCCAAAAGAAAAACAAAACUAUAAAGACUUGAGCUUCAUUCUAUCUUUGAUGUAAGCAUCCUAUGAUAAUAAGUGUAUAAGUUUUAUAUGUGUUUAGAUCAAAACAUAUAUUUUAGCCAUGUAAAGUAAGCGAAAUUAUUCAAUUGAGAAACUAAUAAACGUUUUUAAAUGUUUUAACUUAAUGUUAUCGAGACUAUAUAUAUAUAUAUACUUGUAUGUACCAUAUGUGUAGUUAUACAUCUAAAGUAUGAAAAGGAUAUUCGAUAUUUCAAUAAACAAUAAACUUGAUGUGACAAAUUAA